AUGGGAAGGAAGCUGCGACACCUGCUGAUUUUUCUGCUCAUCAUCCUGAAGGAACCCAACAUGCCAGAAGCUGACUGCAAGAAGCUCAAAACGUUGUAUCUGUCUGACAACCGAAUAACUGACAUUCAGCCUGGUGUACUUCCAAAUUUACCGAAGCUCACAACGUUGUCACUUGCCGGCAAUCAAAUAACUAAAUUGGAGCCUGGUGCAUUUCAAAAUCUCCCAGAGCUGUGUAUAUGUAGUCUAUUCGGUAACAAAAUAAUUGUCAUUCAGAGAGGUGUAUUCUCACAUCUAACAAUGCUUCAAGUUCUGUACCUUUUCAACAACCAAAUAACUACCAUUCAGGCUGGUGCAUUUUCAAACCUACCAAGGCUCGUCAAGUUGACGCUAUGCAAUAAUCAAAUAAGUAACAUUCGUUCAGGCGUAUUUUCAAAUCUACCAAAGCUCACAAAUUUAAACCUACACUCGAAUAAAAUAACUGAAAUUCAGUCUGGAGCAUUUUCAGACCUACCAAAGCUCACGGAAUUGUACCUUCAAAGCAAUAGAAUAACUAACAUUCAGUCUGGAGCAUUCUCAAAUCUACCCAAGCUCGAGCGUUUGAAUCUGGAAUUUAACCAAAUCACUAAGAUUGAUCCUAGCACACUGUCAAAAAUACCCCAGCUGAAAUGUCUGUACCUGCAGAACAACAACAUAACUGAGAUUAACCCAAGUACAUUCUCAAAGCUAUCACAGCUCGAAUUCCUGUACCUGUACACAAACCAGAUAUCUGUCUUACCACGGUCAGCCUAUGUGGAGAGCCAAGAAUGCUUCUUCUGA